GAGAUUGGGUUCAGUCGUCGUCUGUGGUCCGUGCUGGAAAUGUCGCGUUCGCGAUUCGAUACUGGAUGACUUGUAGUUGGUGUUAUGGUCAAAUCGUUUGGGUUUUGUUAAUAUUGAAUGGAGAGUGUAAAGGUCAGCGAUGACAGAAAAUGCGUGAAUCCGAGAUAGUUGUCCAUUUAUAUGAAUAUUUGAUUGGGAUGUAAAACAGGAGUUGGUCUCGUUCAAAGUGACAAGAUUUUCCGAAGAUGUCCUGAGAGAGCAGUAUGCCAGGACAGAGAAGAGAAGAUGGUCCUCCAUCGCAGAAAGGAUACUCCGCGUUGGGUUAUAAAUAAUUAAACGUAAACAUAAAUAAAGCGCAGAAGAAUUGUUCGUCCGACAGUCUCGUGCGGGACGUUAUCCUGGAAGGAUAAUCGGCAGGACGUUCAUAUGGGCUUAGACGUGUCAGUGAAGAGAGCGUAUGUGCAAUCCCAAGUGGAGUUCGGAAAACGUGCGAAACCCAUUCAUUGGUAUCAUUGUGUUUUAUCAUGAAGGCAAAGAGUGAUAGGGUGAACCCGAGUGGGAUAAUCGGAUUGCAAAGUGUUGUAAAUUAGCAAAUGUUACGUUCUGUGUGCGCUUUCACGCUACAGUGGCACCGGAAAUUUAUACCCAUUCGUGUAUUUGAGCUUCGUGUGUGCCCUGGAUGUGGAGCGCAAGUCGUCUGUCUGUAGAAGCGUGUAAUUUUUGGCAUUUUGGUCGGAAGAUAAAUUACCAGCAGCCAUCCUGAUGUGACUCGUAUGAGCAGGGAUAUGAGUCUGACAAAGUUCACGUUGGUCGGUGCGAAGAGUGGUGCGUCCGUUGAGGAAAGUGUUUAAUUAGAGAAAGAAGAGCAGGCUCAUCCUCGGAAAUAUGAAUGUUUGCGUUUAAAAUUUCCAUCCAACGGUGGUCAUGGUCUACAAACCGUGAAAAGUUGGGAAUGUGCAGUGUAAUUUUUAUACAUUCUUCACUAUGAUAUAUCCCGGCGAAACUUUGCCCAACGGAGAGUGAAUCGGCAGCGGCGGUGUGAGCAUUGAAAUAACAUUCAAGCGGUUUUGCAGCAAAGUGUGUGGUCGGAUUGUUCCUUGAGGGGUUUACUAUCUAGCCAGACAGUAAACGAACGGCCACGGGAUUCACUUCCAUGGAACACAUGUAAUCCAGCAACCAUGUCGAGGAUAAUUAAAAUUUUGUUGACAACGCUACUCGUUUGGAGAUUGGGCUUGGCGAGCACUAAUAAUCAUCAAUUAUCAUCAUCCAUAUCACUUCCCGGUCCAGAUUCCAGAGCCAGGAGCAGCACGAGUAGCAGUAGCAGUAAACGAGGUCAAAGUUGGCCACAGCAUUCCCAGAGGCAGCAGCAGCAGCAACAUGUGAACGGGGAGGGGAAAUUAAUAGACAAUAAACUACGAGACAAACUACUUUCUUACAUUGGUAGCGGCAGCAGUAGCAGGGGUGGAGGAAGCUGGUCGGAGGAAUCCGACUUCCGGAGAACCGGACGAGCCAAGCGUGAGAGUAUUUUCACCGAGGGCAAGACAAAUAAAUACUACGAUAAUAGAAUAAGUGAUGAGCCAGCGGCCGACCCACGCAUCACCGAGGAAGUUUUGCAGAUAAGCAAUCUAACCGAGGAGCGAAUUCGAGAGGAAAAUGAAUUGCUGGAUCAUCUGAAUCGAGAGCAUUUUCCGGACAGAAGCAGCAGUAGCAGUCCUAGUAGUGUCACUGCAGCAAUCAGAUUGCCAGAGGAAACCGAUGGAACCGGAGCUGCGUGGAAGAAACAUCCAGGGGGUGGCAAAAAGGGGCGCCGAAGAAAAGGCCACAAGAAGAAAAUCAAACGUAUAAAGCCGGUUGUCAACGACGAUGGAAGUUUCACCCGAGCUUCCGACGCAAACUGGAAAUGGAACGUCCUGGAGGGGGAAGCGGACGAGAGGACAAAUUCUUCACAAACCAGCGUAACCAAAUUAUCAUUAAACGAAUCUGAGCAACAACAACCAAACCAGGAAUCAGGACGGAAAAAGCACAGGUCCAAGGCGACUACUUCCCACCCAAGUAAGAGGAAAGGGGCAAAGUCAAAGAGCUCCAUCCGGUCGGACAGUCGGAACGGAAAUCGGAAUAGGAAAGCCGACCAGGACCAACUCAUCCUAUUAAAUAGCGAUGAUAUUUACGACGGAAAUAUGCAAACGGCAGUUCAAAGGGAUGCUUCGGGCAGUGGAGCUGUGGGCGCCAUUGGGGAAAUGGUAAAUUUUUCUGACGAGGGUGACAGCUGGCCAGGGCAACGUCAAAAAGAUCGGCAAGAAAAGCUUUCCCCAGAGCAAAAGGAAAUGCGAAAGCAGCGGUCGAAGGAGCAGAGGAGGUUGGAAAGGCAACAGAAGAAACAAUUGGCAAUGUUCGACGAAGGGAACCUGGUGCUGAUGUCACCGCCGGAACAGUUGCAGCAGCUUCCGCCAGCCUCGGCCACCGAACCCAGCCCCGGAGUGAGCUCGGUGACGUUCGCCUCGGAUGACAUGCUCAGGACGGAAGCCGUCUCACUACAGCGCAUCGUCAUCGUUGGGGAUCUCUCGUGCAUGAAGGAUGACUUUAUUCCUGCUCCGUCGAUUCCCAAUGCGGACAUCAAGUAUCUGAGAAACGACAUCUACGGGCUGGAGAACUCCUUCCUGGAAGCCGAAUACCACUGCCGACCAGGAUUCGAGCUCCGGUAUCCAAAUGCGAACGGAAACAGCUCGAACCUAAUCUGCCGCAAAUCUCGGUGGAUCGGCAAGCGGCCUUCCUGCGUGCGGAUUAAGAGGCCUCCAUUGUCGUUGUCAUCAACGUCAUCGUCAUCAUCCCCGCCGAAAGAGGAAGCCACGGCGAAUAAGGCGCGACAAAAUAAUGGCACAAAGUUGUGCGGAAAGAAGCAUAAUUGCCAGCAAGCGUGCUUUGUGAAGAAUGACAACGUGACGCGGGUUUGCUCCUGUUUCAAGGGAUUCAAGAUGGUUGACGGGCGGUGCGUUGACAUCAAUGAAUGCACCGAAUACGGAGAAGACGUUUGCGAGUAUGGAUGUUCCAACACGAUCGGAUCGUUUAUAUGCAAAUGCCCAAAAGGACUGCGGAUUACAGACAAUAAUAAGUGCAUGGAUGUGAACGAGUGUCUGCUGCGGAACGGCCACGGACCUUGCCAGGAUACAUGUAUCAACACUUGGAGUGGCUACCGCUGCAGCUGUUCGGGUUUGCCCGGGACUCGCCUCUCGGAGGAUGGCCACAGCUGCGAGGACAUCGACGAAUGCACGGUCAACAAUGGCGGCUGUUCGCACACCUGCCUCAACACUUUGGGGAGGGCAUUUUGCGUCUGCCCCGAAGGCUAUAUGCUCGACGAUGACUGGAAGACUUGCAUCGACAUUGAUGAAUGUUUAAACCAGAAAUCGAUUAGGCAGGAAUUUCGCUGCCGGGGCAGUUGCGUCAAUACGGUCGGUUCCUAUCGAUGUCUGCUGCAGGAUGGCGAUGACCAGCUGACUAAGCAGACCGAUGACGAGUCGGAGGAUGAUAGCGACGAUGAUACACUUUGCCCGGUUGGCUACUAUUUUAACACCACAAUGGGAGACUGCCAAGAUACCGACGAAUGCAUUCGGGAAAACGGCGGCUGCCAACAUCAUUGCAUCAACAGCGACGGCAGUUUCUAUUGCUCCUGCAAGUACGGAUUCAAACUGGAUGCCGAUAAGCAUAGCUGCCUUGUUCUCAACGGUUCACUGAAGUUGGCAGAUGUGGCAUGCCCUCCGCUGUUUCCUCCGAGGCACGGAUAUUUGGAGUGCAGUCGGCCGAUUGAUGAGAUUUCCGAUGGACCGAACGGCGGCCGGCUCAAGAUCACAAAUCGGCCGGGAAGUCAGUGUAUUCUGAAGUGUCCAACAGGGUACCGAUUGGAAGGGAAGUUUUCCAAGAUUUGCGGAACAAGCGGCGAAUGGAUUGGCGACGAGAGCGGAGCUUGCAUCCGAUAUCCUCAACCGAAGCUGACCUGCCCGACGAGUGUAAAUGUGGAGCUUCAUCCGAACGAUACGGACCACACGGCGGUCAAACUGCGGAGACCGAAAACGGACGUCAGCUGGGAUCGGGACAUUGUGGUGGAGCCGUACUGGGCCAAGAAAGAUGUCCUGGAGCUGCCACUCGGGUCGAUCAAUAUCAGCUAUACGGCCAAACAUCCGGUUUCCAAGCUGACUAGCAGCUGCACUUUUGUCGUCAAUGUCAUGGCUGGCAAACCUCCAACGGUUGACUUCUGUCCCGACACCCAGAUCUACACCAUCGAAGGUCGACAUCAGAGCGUAAAGGCCACCUGGGAGGAGCCAAUCUUCUCCGACAACGUGGGAGUCGUCACCAUUACAAAGUCCAAUAGCCCGGGAACGGAUUUCGGCGCCGGCAGCCACCUCAUCACCUACGAAGCCCACGACGAAGCGGAAUGGAGCUCCAAAUGUGUCUUCAAAAUAGUGGUCAACGUCAGCAAACGAAAGGACGUUCAACAUUUCCAGCUCCCAAUCCUUUAUAAUCGGUUUUACUUCUAAUUGUGCGGUGCGGAGCGGGAGAGGUCCAGAGUGGGUGACCAUCAUCGUCUCUUUGAUUUCUUUUUUUCUUAUUCAACAUGUUUGCCAGAGUUCAGUCCGAAGUACGGGUUGGUCAGACUAUUUUUUCCAAGCGUCGCCCACUAGCCAGAGUCGGAGGAGAAGCUGCUUAAUUUGGCCGUUCGUGUUUUUUGCGACUAUUGCGUUGGAUGCAGCUAUUUUCAACUUUGUUACUGUUUGGUUGAUGUUCCAUUUGCGGACCAGUGGCGUUAAAAAACGGGGUGACAUCAAAGGCAAAUCCUUUAGAAAACUGUGUAAUGACGGGAUGUACAGUGGUCUACAAUCGUUUUGUCGAGUUCCAUUUGUAUUCUAAAAGGUGUCAGAAGAACCCAGGUACAAGUUAGUUUUUACUGUAAAAUUUUCUGUCCGUGGUUAUACUUCAACUUUAUUUUAUACUUUUCCAUGAGUAAGUGAUAUACUAUAUAUACGCAUACACUGAAAUCAAAAAAAUGGCUUAAGCACAAAAAAUGUAGUUCUUAACUUAGACAAUCGUUCAGUCGUGUUGCAUUUUAAUUCAGUUUAUCAUGAAAUAUGUGUACAUUUUUCGCGUUUUUUUUUCAUAAUAUAUCAUGACGUACCUAAUUUUUAAAAAAUCUGCAUGAUUUGCGUUGGAAUUCUAAAUUGUCAUUGUUCUUUUUGGAGCAAUUAGUAAAAAUAUUUGAAUGACACGAGGGCCUAUAAAAGCAUAACUGUCCCGUAUGGAUGUUCCAACCAGCAACUUUCUUUCAUCGCAACAUUCAUGUUUCAAUAAAUACUUUACUAAAAGCUAUUGUUUGAAAAGCUAUUAACAAAUAGCGGUACACAUAUAACCUCCCUGAGGAAGACUCCAACCACGAGCCGAAACGUUGGAAGUUACAUAACUAUUCCGCUUCCAAUACGAUUGACCGGAAAAGCCAUAAAAGAGGGUCUAAUUCUCUAGUAAAUUUGACGCAAUUUUGAGGCUCGGCUACGCGAAUGUCGACCACUGUAAUAGCUCUGAACACGCCUCUGUGGAAGGUAGUGAUUUUUUUUGUUUCGUUUAUUUGAGCUUUUCAAGUAUAGAAAACGAGCAGCAUGAUGAAACAAAUAAAAAAUGGAAAUGAAAACAAUAAUAAAUUGCUUAAGAGAGAUAAAAAAAGCAUAACUAUACAAAAGAACCCAACACGAAAACUCCCUCCCUCUAUCAGUAGGAAAAGCUGACAUACAGAGUGAAGCAGCAAAGACAAAAAAAACUCAACAGUUAAAAAAGCUUCUGAUGAGAACUUUUGUAAAUAGUUUUGGUUGAUAUUCGAGUGUUGCACAAAAGUGCAGCAGAGCGCUAAAAGUGAAAAAGUCAGCCGACGAGAACAACAACGCUUUUGUUACAAAGCGGCAACAGUGAGACAAAAGACAACGCGCUGUAAUCAAAAUGUGUACAUGAUAAGCAACAAGCGGAAAAUGUGUUUCGAACCAAAUUAUAAUAAAUGGAAAUGCACGUUUUUGUGACGGGAGGGUAUGCGUAGUAUUUAGAGGAUCCAGUCGUGGAAGGAGGACUACUUCUGUGACGCUAUCCUUGUCCAGAUAUGCAAACGGCGUUGGAGAAGAAAAAUAUGCUUAGGAUUUGUACGAGCCAGCAUUAGAGGUUCUCCUCCGAUUGUAGUGAGGUG